AUGAACCUCGACGAAGAGGUCCGACUAUACACCACCCCGGCAGAGCGGGAGCGCGCCGAGAAUCUCGCGACGCUCUAUAGCAUCAUUGUCAGCUUGGAGUAUCUCGAGCGAGCGUACGUGAGGGACAGCGUUAGCGGGAAAGAGUACACGCCAGCAUGUAUCAAGCUGUUGGCGCAGUACAAGUCGUUGAUGAAGCUCGUUUCCGAUGAGAUAGGGACUCUCGAGGCGUUCAUGAAGCGGUUCAAGAUGGACCACCCUGCCGCACUCCACCGCCUCCUCCUUGGCGUCCCCGCGACCAUCGAGCACGCCUCUGAGCCCUCUGACGGCGCCGGUGCAGAAACGGGCAAAUGGGUCGCAGAGACCACCCAGUCUUUUAUCACAUUCAUGGAUGCGCUCAAGCUCAACUUGCGCGCCAAGGAUCAGCUACACCCGUUCUUGACGGAAUUGAUGAGUGGGUAUACGAGGUUCAGGGGGAGUGGGGAGUGGGAGGGAAGAGGCAAGAUAUUGGGAUGGCUUAUCACGCUGAAUGCCAUGAAGGCCAGCGACGAGAUCACCGAGGAGCAGUCAAGGCAGAUGCUCUUCGAUAUAGAACACGCAUACUCUGAAUUCUUCAGAUCAUUAUCAUCAAGCGGUAAAUCAUCAUAA